AUGGUUGAAUCCUUUACUGUCUACAUAUAUGUAGACUGUUAUUCCCAAGUCCCUUCAAGCCAAUCCUCAUGUUAUGGUCUUAUGAAGUUGCUUGAUGUACUGCAUUUUGUGCAGGUUCUCAAGGGUCAUAUAGCUCUCGGGAAUGCCCGAUUUCCUAAUGGAACCAAUGGUCAUGCACUUGACAUUCUUGCUCGAGUUCCUUUGUGGAAGAGUGGUCUUGAUUAUCGACAUGGCACUGGUCAUGGGAUUGGGUCUUAUCUAAAUGUUCAUGAAGGACCACAUUUAAUUAGUUUCAGACCGCAUGCUCGAAAUGUCCCACUGCAAGCUUCCAUGACUGUAACAGAUGAACCUGGAUAUUACGAGGAUGGGAAUUUUGGAAUAAGAUUGGAGAACGUGCUUAUAAUCAACGAAGCUGAUACAAAAUUCAACUUUGGUGACAAGGGUUACUUGCAAUUUGAGCACAUAACAUGA